AUGACAUUGGAUCCUGAGAAGGCUGAAGUGGAGUUUGAACUUCCGUUUGAGCCUUAUCCAAAUCAAUUGAUUUUUAUGAAAGAUGCCUACAAAUGUUUCGAUGAAUCUAGUUUUGGAUUAUUUGAAUCUCCUACAGGUUCAGGAAAGACUCUGUCAAUUCUAUGCUCAGCCUUGACUUGGAUUAAGAAUAAUAGGUCAAAAACAAUGAUGUGUGACCUUGGUCUGGAACCUUCUAACGAUGAAAAGGUUCCAAAGUGGGUUUCCGAGAUCUCUUUGAACCAUAAGAAGAAGAUGAUAGAAGAUAUUAUAAAGAGUGAAGCCGUAAAACUUGAAGAUCUUAGAAAGAAAAUAUCUGAACGUCUGGACAAUUCUGAUGGCAAAUUGAGAAUAAGAGAAAAUUACAAGAGAAUGUUAUCUGAACAAACUGCACCUGACUCAUCUGAAUUACAUAAUAGUGUAUUUCAGGAAAAUAAUAAUUUUGAAAACCCUAACAGGACCCAGAUAAUAAUUUGCAGUCGAACCUUUUCACAGCUAAAUCAGUACGUAAAGGAAUUUAAAAGGCUAAAUAAAAUAAAUAAGAACGUAAGACUAUCAAUAGGGUCUGGUAGAAGCCAUGUCUGUAUUAACAAUAUGAUAAAGAGCAAGUGUAAAAGUCCAGAGGAGCUUAAUGAUGAAUGUAGAAGGUCAAAAUGUGAGUACAGAUCCAAUACAACGGACCUUAUUGAGAUAACUACUUGUUAUCCCCUUGAUUUGGAAGAUUUGGUUAGCCUCGGGAAGGAGUCGGGUUGUUGUCCCUAUUACUCAAACUUAAAAACUCUGACAAACGCAGAUAUCGUUUUAGCACCCUACAUUACAGUCAUUAGUGAGUCUUUGAGGGAAAGCUUAGGCCUGAGAAUCAAAGACAACAUCCUCAUAUUCGAUGAGGGCCAUAACCUAACAGAUGCAAUAACUGAGUCCCGCUCCUGUAAACUCACUUUGGUAGGACUCAAAGAGUUAUUACAUCAGCUUAGAAGCUAUGUGAACAAGUAUAAGACAAAUUUUAAUACCAUAGUUUCUGAUAGGGUUUCCGAAAUCACUAAGCUGGUAAACGUUAUUAUAGAGAACGUUUCAAAAUCCGAAUCUUCCCAAAAUCUUAAGAUUACUUCUUUUACAGUCCUUUACUCUCUUGAAGAUAUCAAGUUCCAUGAAAUACUUAAUUUCCUUUCGUCCACUGAUUUCUGUAGACAUCUCAGAGGUUGGGCUGAACGUGAAUAUCACAUUAAGAAGAAGAAGGAUGAAUCUCUGGUUUCCUACACUUCCAUGAUUUAUAACCUGAAAAACUUCAUAUACUCCUUGCUUUACUGUGAUUCCAAUGAUCAAAUUAUCAUUACGAAAUCCGAGGAUGUUGUAAUUGAAAUAUUUCCAGUCGCCUCAGGUAUUUAUGUUCUUAUUAGUUACAUUGGUGAGUCGAGGUCAGUGGUGAUCAUGAGCGGUACUCUGUCCCCAAUUGAAGAAUUCUUAUCCCUGGCCCCAUCAAAAACUGAAGUUUUUAUCCAUAAAAGUCCGCCUGUGUUUCCUUUGAACCGAUUCUUAGCAACAAUAAAUCAUAUAUUUGUAUGUUUAGAUGAGAGGGGUGAUGAGUUGGUUUUCGACUACUCUAGAAGAGAGAACUUGGAGGAACUGAAUUUUUUAUGUAACUUAUUGGAACUUCUAAGCGAGAUUGUACCAGGUGGUAUCGUUUGUUUCUUUUCAAGCUACUCUUACCUUGAUCUAUUUUACAACUACUUUAUCAAGUCAAGUUCAAAUAAAAAGGUUUUAACGAGAAAAGAUGUUUUCAAGGAACAAAAGAACAUAAAUAUAUUUCCAGAGUACAGUAAAAGUUGCUUCGAGAGGGGGGCCGUAUUAUUAGCUGUUUUUGGAGGGAAUCAGAGUGAGGGUGUUGAUUUUUCCGACGAUUUGGCCCGACUUGUUCUACUUGUAGGCCUACCGUACCCUCCUGAUAACAUUAAGCUAAGUCUAAAACGUGAUUAUUAUAACAAAAAAUCUUUGGAAUCUUGUGACGCUUCUGUAUCUGAAAACUUCUCAAAACUGUCAAACGAACAGAGGACCCUGUUGUGCUACAAGACUGUAAAUCAGUGUAUUGGAAGAGCAAUGAGACAUAGGAACGACUACUCUGCAGUCCUGUUGCUGGAUGGUAGAUACAAGGGGAGAGAUGCUAGCAAGUAUUUAACUGGGUAUGUGAGGAAAUCAAUUCUCAUGAAUGAAAAUAAAACUAGUGAUUUAAAGCUAAUGCUAAAGACACAUGAUGAUAUGCUUUCUACCAUCGCGUUAAAAUCUGGAAGGUUCAUAAUUCCGAAACCUCUGAUUUUGAUAUCUAUUGAUGAUGAAAAGUCAGUUACGCCCGGAUUUGAUGACUCCUUGAAUGAAGAGGACUCAGAAUAUCUACGGAAUAAUUUACACAUAAUUUACAUUAUACAUAAUAAACUUCUAAUAGUUAUGUGUAGAAUAUGA